GAAAAAGAAAAAGAAAAAAAAAAAAAAUUGUGCACUGCAAACCCGUCCAAAAUACAUAGUAAUACACACAGAUGCAAUUACUAAAUGUAUUUUGUACGAGUAACGACUAACAUGGGCGAGCACGAAACGGAGUUGAAGAUACUGGAAAAUCACAGGACUCUCUUCCAUUUUACGAUUGCAUUUUACCAUCCAUCUACCAAACCUCUCUCCCUUUCUCCCUCCCUCCCUCCCUCCCUCCCUCGAGCCUAGAGCCUGUGUGUGCAUCAACUUCUGCUGAGAAAUUUUCUCUCUUCUCAACACUCUUCACAUGAAUUGCGAUCUGCUUUGAAGUUCUCUACAUAUACAUAAUGGCGGUGAUUAGCGCAAGACGAGAGAACUUUGGAUUCUGGAUUUGUCUUGUGGUGUUGACGUUUUGCGCGAUCGCCUCUGUUGCAGCUAGAUCUGAUAAGGAAAUCAGAGAAAGAUUUUAUGGCAAUCUCUCUCUUAAUUCGACGACAUCGCCCUCCGGCGAGGGCAGUAUUGCCAAAAUGUUCGAUAAGGUUCUCGAACAUGAAUUCUCCGAAAACGAUCAGCAGGAAGGUUCUGAUAAAAGUAGCUUUAACAGCAGUGUGGCUGAUCAACAAGCUGAACUGGAGACUGUUGCUAAAAUCACCCAUGACAAGGUGAAGAAAAAUGAAACUCGAGAGGCAAAUGGUACACGAUCAUUCCAGUUUCUUUCCCAUGAAAAUGAAGGUUCUGAUGACAUGGCAACCUUGAUAGAUAAAAAGGACAAUGUGUUUGUGAUGUCAAACAAGAAAUCAAAAUAUCCAAUACUUCAAGUAGAUUUAAGACUAAUUUCAGACUUGGUGGUUGUUAUAGUUUCUGCUGCCAUUGGUGGAAUUAUCUUUUCCUGCCUGGGACAACCGGUCAUUGUUGGCUAUCUUCUUGCUGGUUCACUUGUUGGACCUGGGGGUUUGAAUUUCAUCAGUGAAAUGGUUCAGGUUGAAACUUUUGCUCAAUUUGGUGUUAUCUUCCUUCUAUUUGCUUUAGGGCUGGAGUUUUCUUUGACAAAGCUAAAAGUCGUGGGUCCUGUUGCUGUUCUUGGUGGGUUACUUCAAAUAAUUAUACUUAUGUUCUUGUGUGGGGUUGCUGCCUUGUUAUGUGGAGCUAAGUUGUCAGAGGGCGUUUUUGUCGGUUGCUUCCUGUCAAUGUCGUCAACAGCAGUGGUUGUAAAAUUUCUGUUGGAAAAGAACAGUAAUAAUGCUCUUCAUGGCCAAGUUACAAUUGGGACACUUAUUUUUCAGGAUUGUGCUGUAGGUUUACUAUUUGCCCUUCUCCCAAUUUUGGGUGGUAACAGUGGCAUUCUGCAAGGAAUGAUCUCAGUGGGAAAGCUGCUGCUGGUUUUGUCCAUAUAUCUCUCUGUUGCAUCUGUACUAACUUGGUCGUUUAUUCCUCGCUUUUUAAAGCUAAUGAUACAGCUUUCAUCUCAAACAAAUGAACUUUACCAGCUAGCUAUGGUGGCUUUCUGCUUGUUAUCUGCUUGGUGCAGUGAUAAGCUGAACCUUAGUCUUGAGUUGGGUUCUUUUCUGGCUGGAGUUAUGAUAUCUACAACUGACUUUGCACAACACACAUUGGAUCAGGUGGAACCGAUCCGUAAUCUAUUUGCUGCUCUCUUCCUUUCUAGCAUUGGAAUGCUCAUACAUGUACACUUCCUGUGGCUUCAUGUGGAUAUAUUGCUAGCUUCUGUUAUCCUGGUUAUUGUUGUUAAGACCACAGUUGCUGCUAUGACUACGAAGGCCUUCGGAUAUAGCAUUAGAACAUCAUUUGUUGUUGGAACAUUGCUUGCUCAAAUUGGUGAAUUUGCUUUUGUUCUUCUGAGUCGUGCCUCAAAUCUGCAUCUUGUUCAGGGGAAGAUGUACCUUCUUCUUCUUGGAACUACAGCUCUAAGUCUGGUAACGACUCCCGUCCUGUUCAAAUUGAUACCUGCUGUGAUGCACUUGGGAGUUCUCAUGCACUGGUUUCCCUCUGAGAGCAUGCAGAAUGAGGUUCCUCUCUCCCUCUCGCUCUCCAAGUGAGAGAGUUUCCAUAAUCGAAGCACAUAACAGAUUGUCAUGACCUUUCCAUAAUCGAAGCACAUAAUAGAUUGUCAUGACCUUUGAUGUGAUCACAUCUUGUUGUAUUGAAGGUUCCAGUUACAGAACAAAGAAUUUUGAAUUACAGAGUUUUGUCGACAGAGAAUUUCAUCAGAAGACUUUGGAUUACAACUCCGAGUAUACAGUUCCAGCAAAAGUUUGGAGUUCAUGUGUACAGAUAUCUUCUAUUAUUCUAUAUUCUUUGAAUAUUGUAUAGAUGAUGACUACUUACGAGAAGCAUAUCUCUUAGAAGAAGUAAUCAUUUUAGUAUUUGUUAGCAUGAUAUACAUCGAAUACUUUUUUUUUAAUCUUCUUUGGAAGAUCGAGGUUUGCCGGCCUUUUAUCAGAUCUUCCUUGGAGUAAAAUUAGUUAAGGAGGACAUGAUUACGCGAGGGGGUUUUGGAUAUAGAUGUAACUUCUGACAUUAUUUAAAUGAAGUGAUUACUUUCAUACUCAA